AUGCUGGGCAGUGAGUGCAGAAUGGUGGAGGAGACAGAUGAGCAAACAUCCCCAUGGGCUGUGUGUCACUCAGUUGUCUUCUUCUGUUCCAAGGGUAUGAUAGAGGGUGUGGUGGUCUUUCUUUUCAUCUGGCUGCUGAUCCAAGUUCUCCUCAAUAAACAUCAAGAAGUCCAUUUGCAGGUACUUCUGGGAGCUGGACUGGCCCUGCUGUGCUUCUGUCUUCUGUUGGGCUGUGCCAUCUGUUGGCACAAGAGACGAAGGCAGCAAUCUUCAACCAACCUUGAAAAUGACUCUGUACUGCAGGACAGUAAAAGCCUUGAGCUGUCUGAUAACUCAGAAAGGUCCAUUUCAGUGCCUGUAUACACUCAAUAUAAGACUCUGGAUGGGAACAUUACACCCAGAGGAGAUGAUGCACAACCAGUUCCACAGGAGCAAAAUGCUGUAUCUGACAGAUGUAUUCGUGUUAGAGCUUCUCUGCCAAGUCUUUACCAGCUACCAAGAAAGACCAAGCAUGUUUUGAAACGCAGAAGCACUGUUUUUGGGGAUGGUUCUUUAGAGGGUGAUCGAGCCAGUUUGGUGAAGAUGCCACUCUCUCAUACUGAACCUGAUGGAUUCUCAGGGAUCAAGCAGAAGGCUCAGCCACUUGUGCACUUUACCCUACAUUACUCACUGAGUGAAGAAGCUCUAACUAUUAUUGUAACUGGCUUCUCCAAUCUUCCAAAAAGGUUGCAUCGAAAGAAAGACUCAUUUGUCAGAGCCUAUCUCCUUCCUGGGUUUCUAGAGCCACAGUAUGGGCCAACAGAAGAUUCAGAUAGAGGACAAAAGUUUGCUUUCUACAGAUAUAGUCCAGAGAAUCUGAAGGAUCGGACCCUGAGGCUAGCAGUAUAUUCAAGGGAUCGGAACACUCAGAGGGAAGGUUUCAUUGGUGAAAUGCUAUUCCCCUGUGCCCAGGUUGACUGGAACUGUCAAGCAGCAUCUGAUUUUACAAGAGAUCUGUCAAUUACCAAGGCAAAGCUUAAGAAGAGUUUGAGCACUAUGGAUGUGUUCUCCUCUCCCACGUCCACCUUCAAAAAUCCAGGACAGAUACUGAUCCUCCUGCAGCAUCAAUCACUGGCCAGUCGUAUCAAAGUGAUGGUACAGAAGGCAGAAAGCCUGGGCAAACUUACACGGAUUCCUGGAGCACCAGAUCACUUUGUACGCAUACGACUGAUCCAAGACAAUCAGGUAAUAGAAAUAAAGGAGACACGGACAGUGUCAGGCUCCUCCCCUGUGUGGAAUGCUCCGUUCCUCUUUGACACUCCUCUGGAAUUCAUGCAGAGUCAAAGUCUGUGUCUGGAGUUCCUAAUUAUGCAGGGUCGAAUUUAUAAUCGUGCCCGAAUUCUUGGACGUGUAUUAAUUGGUGCUGGAUCGUCUGAAGCUGGUAUGGCUCACUGGCAGGAGAUGUGUAACAAAUCACCCGUGGAAUGUUCCCGCUGGCAUAUGCUGCAAUCAUUUGCAACCUAG